GGAUUACGUACUAUAAGAUUUAUAAUUAACUUUCUUCCAACAAGUUGUGAUAAUGAGAUCAAAUAAUUUAUUAAAAAAUAAAGGCGAAAUUCGUUUGUGUAGUCAAAAUUUUGACGGUUUGGCCAAAUAUAGUCACGUUUGGCGAAAUACCAAAAAUAGCCACUUCCGUCCAUUUGUUUGAUAGUGUCAACUAAUAGGGUGACUGGACUAACGGAAAGUAUGACAUGGAUACAUUUCGUCAGUUACAUUGCCACAUGGACGAAUGAAAAAAUAAAUAAAUUAAUUAAUGGAUUUUUUAGUCCCUUCCUUUCCCUCUCCUCUCCUGAUCAUCUCUCCCCCUGCAGCAAUCCUUCCGCCUCCAUCUCCAAAGACUCCGCCACACACCAUCAUGCCAAAACCUUUAAUUGUUCCCCCAUAUCAUUCCCUCCAAGCUGCACAAAUUUCACCCACAACAAUAGCUUCUCCCUUUCUUGACCAAUCAUGAGCUUCUUCCUCACCAAUCCCACCAUAAUCGAAACCAUCAGUCGUUGCCCCCUUGCCCUUCCAAUCCCAUCCGAAACCCUAGAUUUGCGAGGACACUAGAGAGGUAAGGAUGCAAAAAAAAAAAAUUUAGUGAGGACAGAGGAGAUGCGAUAAUCUGAAAUGCAAGGAUGCCAAUGUUGACGAGGGCACCAAAGAUGCUAGAGGAUGGCGUUGUUUGCUGGAGGUCUGAUGCCUGGAAAAGAAUGAUUUCAAAUCUUUGGUUUUUAUAGUUUUUUGUUUUCUUAGUUACAGGAGAAAGAAGAAAUCGAAGGAUGAGGAGAAUAGCAGAUGGGAGAAGAACAGGGGUCUUGGAAGCAGAUUAAUGGUGAUUGUCUGAUUUACGAUGGGAGGGAGGGAGGGGGGUGUUGGAGGAGAAAGAAGAGGAUUCGAGGAGAUUAGGGAUAAGGGAAUUUUUUUUUUUUUUGGGAUCAAAUUAGAUUGGUUCUUCUUAACCAACAGAGGCAUCAGGGGUUUAAGCUUGUUGGCAACAAGCUUAGUCACCACUUUAUAACCAACAUUGCAGAGGUUGAUGGGUCUAAAUUGACUCAUUGAGGAGGGAUUUUUCACUUUGGGGAUUAGAGUAAUCAUAGUCUCAUUCAUGCAUUGGAUUCUACUAGGGUUCCUAAUACAAGCAGAAAUAAAAGCACAAAAGUCUCUUCCAACAACAUCAACAUUUCUGGUAGAAGAUGGCUUGAAAGCCAUCCUUUCCUAGAGCUUUAAGACCAUUCAUGUCCAUAAUGACCUUUCUAAUGUCCUCAUAAUUAGGUAGAGAAGCCAUUCUAGCUAGAACAGAACUAUCAAGAAUAGGAAAAUCAGCAUGAAUAACACUUAUGGUGAUCAAGGCAUUUCUAGUAAAGAGAUGAAGGAAAUACUCCCUGGCCAUGAAGAGGAGGGUGUCAGGAUCAUGGAUUCAUUGCCACUGGUCAUCACGAAUGCAGAUUAUCUUGUUCCUCUUUCUCCUGCUAAGAGUACUUGUAUGAAAGUAGCAGGUGUUCAAGUCUCCAAACACCACCCAAUUUGAUGUGGACUUCUGAAUCCAGAGCAUCGCUCCUUGCCAGAGGGUCUGCUCCAAAUCCUCUCUAGUUUCGUUCUCUAUUUUGGAUAUUUCUUUGUUCAACUAUCUUUAUAGGGUGAUUAGCUCAUUGUGAGUUGCCCUUUUUUUUUUCCUAACCGCCUAAGCCCCCACAUAACAAAAACAACAUAAUUUAUUACGAUUAUAAUACGAUAUUUUAUAAUUUCACCCUUAAAACUUCAAAUAUUGGAGUCUCACUUAGGAUUGAAUUUCAAUUUCCAAAUCAUCAUGGUAUUAACUAUUAAGUUAACUACCGAUCAUCUAGAACAUGUAACAGCUAGACCUGCCUGAUUCGUCAUUGUACUCCCCAUAAAACGUACCUUUCCAUUUUUACUGAACCGUAAAGAUACGUUUAUGCAUUAUGGUCGAUGGACCCCAUUUUUGUUUAUUACUAAUUUUAUGCGGCAAUGGGAAAAAGCUUCUAGAAACCCUUUGCAAUUAUUAUAAUUUAUAACUCUCUCCUUUUUUCUUCUCUAUCUCUCCAGUUAGAUACCGACCGGUCACUGACUCGUCGCCAGCCGAUUUCAGUACACCGCUCCGCUGACUCAGCAUCGAGGCACCGCAACUCAGCCGAGUCCAGGACGAGUGCCAGCCGAGCCGCUCCGUGUUUCGUGGAUAAGGCCCGCCCCGGCCCCACUCCCUCGGCCCAAACAGAAAAUAUCGGUGCUUAGAAGGGUUAAUUACAUAACGACCAGCAAGUUUUGGAGCAACUGACAAAUGGAUCUUCAAAUAUAAAAGUUUCAACAAAUCUCCACUAAAGUUUGAACUGACAGUAGUGAAUAGUGAUUUCUAUCUUUCAUCAUGUGAUUUUUUACAUCCACAAAUUUGGGAUCAACAAGUAAGAGCACCUGUUAGCAAAGACCUUGCUUGGACUCUAAUACCUUAAUAAUUAAAACAAUAUAAUAAUCACGGUUGUAUCUCGGUUACCCACUAAUUUUUUGUAACUUUUUUUGUUUCCACUUUUAUGUAAUAUAAUAAUAAUAUUGAUAAGAAAGACUUGAGGAAUUAUACAAUGUAUAAUAAGAUUAAGCUGAUUAGUCCAAUGGUGAUAAUGUCCACUGAUUCGCUUAUUGCUUUCUUCUUACUAUUUUUUUUAGUUUAAAUAAACCAAAGAAUUUAGCGUUUUAGGGAAUCGCCAUUUUUUAUUCCAUCACAAGUAAGAAAAUGUACUAUAGGAUAGAAUGGUAUUUUUUUAAUAGGGCAUUUGUGAAAACUCCAAAAUGUAUCCCAGCAUUGGUAAGCUAUGACAAACUUGAAUGACUAUAACACAAUUAACCCCCAUGGACGAGUACUAACGGGAAAAUAGAACGUCCCUCCCCAAACUUAACCAUGGUUUCCGGCGAAACAAGCAAAGGGAAACUCAACCAUGGUUAAAUCUAAUCCACACAUCCCUCUCUCGGUAUCUCCCCUCACCGCACCGGCAUCGAUAUUUCCUAUAUAAAUACCUCCAAAGUCUUCCCUCUCCCCAUAACCUAAAAAUUCACAACGGAAUCCUCUGAACCAUCAAUCCAAGCAAUCGGAAGAAACUUCAAACACCGAUCAAUCACAGCGAAAAUGGCAUCCGCCUCAGCUUUUCUCAGCGCGCCCUCUUCUUCUUCUUCUCUAAUCGCUCCAACUCUCGAAACCAGGAGAUUUCACUCGUCGCAGCCGUCUCGAGUUGGGUUCAAGCCGCUCCGAGUCUCUGCCUCCUGCGCCUCCACCGCCGAGAGGGGGUCCAGCACGUCGACGGCGGGAACUCGCCGGAGAGGCGCCAGCACCGCAGCUCCCUCGUCGUUCUACGAGGUGCUCGGGAUCCAGAUGGGCGCAUCGUGUCAGGAGAUCAAGUCGGCGUAUCGAAAGCUGGCCAGAGUCCUGCACCCGGACGUCGCCGGCGAGGAGAGCGCGGCGAGCGAGUUCAUCGAAUUGCACAAGGCGUACGAGACGCUUUCGGAUCCGGCCAAGCGGGCCGAUUACGACCGGUCCCUGUUCCGGCUCGGGCGGUCGAUGAGCUACGCCUUUGUGAUGUCCGCCGCGUCGGGUUCGGGUUCCCCGUCGGGGGGUUCUCCCGGGUACACAAGCCGGAGGUGGGAGACUGAUCAGUGCUGGUGAAAAUCUGGGGACUGAUUUGCAAAGGGGGGAAAGAAGCAGAGUUGUUUUUGGGCAAUUUAGAUCUUUGUACAGCUAGUAGUAUUAGACUAACUAGUUCGAUUCAGAAAAUUAGAGCUCUAUUCUGAAAUUCGACAUGUAUGUAGUAACUUUCUCUUGAGUUCGGAUCUUCUGAUGAUCUAUCAAUUAACCGGCGACAUUUUUCUCAGCCAGAGUUCAAUGGAAUCUCCUUGGAUUUGAUUGGAUGUUGUUUGUUGUAAAGUAUGAGGACCAAAAUAGGAAUUUAGUGGUUGGAAAAGUAGGGCAGUUCUUAUCUACACCCCAAGCUUUCUGUCAUGAGCUUCUAGAAGCAAAUCUCAAAGUUUGGAAACAGAGGCAUUGGGUAUCCAUAACAAAAUUCUAUUGCUUGUUCACUUCCCCUUUUGACAAGGUAGGAGGACAACUAAUAAAAUGGAAUCCAAAAGGGUAAUUUGGGUAUUUGUAUUGAUAUGCUAUAAUCUCAAUGUGAUACUAUCGAAUUGCAUAUGCUCCAAUCUAUUGUAGUCACUCAUGGUUGAUAGUAGUGUCAUAUUGCACGAAUCUCAAUAUUAGACGCCAUGGUUUAUAGUUUCGAUUGCAGCUGAUAGCCUGAUACUAUCGAAUUGCAGAUGCUUCAAUAUUUUAGUCACUCAUGGUUGAUAGUUGUGUCAUAUUGCACGAAUCUCAAUUUUAGACGCUCAUGGUUCAUAGUUUUGAAUAGCACAGAUCUCACUUUUAGACACUCUUGUAAACGACCUAGAAGUAAUUCAAAGAUAUAGAUCAAUGAUACUUAUGAUCCAAUGAAAUUACAAUCUCAUAACAUCACGUCGUAUUGAUGCCUACUCAUUCAACAUCUGUCGAAAUCCCAAUAGGGAAGGCAAUUCAAAGGGCCAAUUAACUAAAAUGGACUUUUAGGAUGAGUAAGGGGAUCUAAUGUUUGAAGGUAAACAAUGUUAUUAAUGAUAUUGAUUACUAGUUUUGUUUGUAGCUUAAUGCCCAAUGGUUGCCUCUUGAUUGAUGGGGACUCCAGAAAGCGAAACAAAAUAAUGCACCAUUUUCAUAAUAGCGGUUUUAAUUAAUGUUCCCGUCUUUGUCAUUAACGGACGUAAAAAAGGGGUUAGUGAAUAAUCAAUUAGCUGUCAACCUCAAUCAAUGGGAGAAGAGAACAAGGGGCGGUGACCCGAAAUUAGUAAAAAACUAACCGCUGUCUGUCUGGAAGCUGAAGUUGGAUCCUCGUCGGGACCACGGAAUUGAAAAUAGACGAACAAAACUGAGAACAACCAAUGGGCGCAACGUAGCGCAGCUGCAAUAUUUCACAGUUCACAUGGUUCGGCCUUUUGUGGGUUUAUUAUUAGACCAUAGUUUUCAUAAGUUUGGAUGGGCUUUUACAAUGAGCUGACGGAACUUUCUAUGGGAAAAACAAGCCCAUAGAAAUAUCCGAGGACAAAGUGGAGUGCAAACUGAGAAUCCUACGUGACUUCACUAAUGAAUAAUGAGUCAUUAU